GGGGGCCAAAAAAAAGCACUACAUACGCGUCUGCAGUAUAAUCGCAAUUGUGUUCUCAGAUCUACGAACUAACCGCACAGUGGGACCCGAUUUUCGUUUCAUGAUUAAGAAUUCAGGGGUGUCCAACUACCAAUCGUAUUUCAGGGUCGCGCCACACACACCCCCGCAACACCACCAACAUUAAAACAAUUCAGCCUCGUUGAAAUAAGUAUAUAUUGCAACGAAUUUUCGCCAUUCGAGGGUUGCUGGUUGGCGCCAAUCGCGUGCGUAUCUAUCUCACUGAUAUACAGGUAUAACUACGAGUGAUCUAUAUAUUCGCGAUAUAUCCUGGGAACUAAAACGUAUUAGAAACGGAAUAUAAUGCCUGAAAACGGAUUGAACGGGGACCACGUCGUUGACGGUGGAGUGCCGCAUGACAACGAGGAAGAGAAUGUCGAAAAUGACGUGCACUUCGAACCUAUUAUUUCACUACCAAUUAUCGAAGUCUCAAACAACGAGGAGGACGAAGUCGAGCUAAUAAAACUGAGAGCAAAACUGUAUCGUUAUGACUCGAGCGAUGGUUUAUCGAAAUGGAAGGAGAGAGGUACAGGGGAAGUGAAACUCUUAAGACACAAAACAAAAAGUACCGUAAGGGUAGUCAUGCGCAGAGAUAAAACUUUGAAAAUAUGCGCAAACCAUUUUGUUACACCGUGGAUGGAGCUGAAACCAAAUUGCGGAAGUGAUCGGGCUUGGGUCUGGAGUGUCCUCGCCGAUUUUGCUGACGAAGAAUUAAAACCAGAACUACUCGCUAUUCGCUUUGCCAAUGCUGAAAAUGCUACGAUGUGGAAAGAUGCGUUUGAAAAAGCCAAGAAGAUAGUAGGCUCUGAAUGUGAAAUUUACGCCGGUAAAACUGGUGUCGAUGACGAAAAGGAUGACAAUUCGAGUGAUGCUAGCUAUAGUGAUGUUAGCUACUGUGAAAGUAGUGAUAAUGAGAAUCAGACAAAGGAAUCCAAAGAAGUGCAAGGAGAUAAAAAGGGUAAAUCGGAGGCAGCUAAGAAAGAAGAUCAUGUGGAAAAAGAAUCUGAACAGGUCAAGUCUGAGGAGGAGGCGAAGGAAGUAGCAGGUCAGCUGGCAAAGCUGUCUGUUAAGAAUAUUGACCAAGACAAGUAACGAAUAAAACUUAAUUUUGAAAUUAGAAAAGCUGGAACGAACAUUCCGAGAUGCAUGUUAAAAUUAAGAACGAUCGUAAAUCGUGAAAAUAUGAAGAUUAUUGGCAAUUCAACACAAGUGUUGAACAAAUUUUCGAUUUAUUAAUUGAAACGAUAUUUACACAGAUGUUAUACACGUAAACAUUUGUGAUUCUUGUAUUUGCAUUUUAUUCUCUGCUUGGUUUUUUCUCAAUGAAAAUGAGACAAACAAGUCACAAUUCGUGCAGGGGUCUGUUUGAAAUACUUGUUAGGCUUUCUAGAACAACGCAAUAAUCAACUGAAUAAAACAUGAUAUAAAACUGAUCCGAGCAGUGACUUGGAGUAAGCCAAGGCAAGUCCUGGAGUGAAAUUGUUGAAGCUACGAUGCGUGGGAUCUGAUUUUAAAAAGAUAUACUAUGAUACACAUAUUAUGAAACUGAUGGGUUACUGACUUUAAUAUUCGGUAUAUGUGAGCAUUUUUUUAAACGAAUAAUAUAACUACUGAUCCAACUAAAUGGGUCAGUUGAAAGUUUUUACUGACGCACCAUGAAUGUAUUUACAAUUUAGCGAUAAAAUUUGUAAUCAUAUUAUAUAAUAUAAACGACAUAUCGUUUGAUGUUUAUAUUAACAUAAAAUAUGUGCCCUUGACAAAAUUUUUCUUUUAUUUACUGCAUUCUAAUUACUAUCAAAUUGAUUGAGAACUCCAAUAGUAGCUUCGAGAUUUUACACACAUUUGGUUUUUUAUUAUUUGUUUUUCUAUCUCCAGCGAAUAAUAUAAUCAAUUCAUAGGUAUUCGUAUUUUAACAUUACACAAAAUAGAGAAAUUACAAUGUAAAGGGUUUUCGUUACUACAUCACCAACAGUUUGGUAUUACAUGAUAUGUUUCCGUGUUCUUAUUCAUUCGGCAUAUUCUACAGAGAUUUGAAAACAUUAUCGUACCUGUACUUUCAUUUACUUUACGAAUCAAUUUUUACAAGAUAUAUCUACAUAUAUCUGUAUUGUAGUUUAACAAUUUGUAUUGUAAAUUCACUUUUUUUUUACCUUGCAUCACAUGUAGCUAACUACAGCGGGCUACUAAGUCACGAAAUUACUUGAUUUCAGUUGCGAUAUAUAUUUUUUCCCCUUACAUUGAUUCAAUCUGUACAAAUUGAUGGCAGUCUUAAGCUCUUAUAGGAAAUGUACAUAUCAUAUGACGCACAGGAAUCGGGUAUAACGGAAACUUGCAUGUCUCGUUGUUCGAAAUAGCCAAAGAUCAAAAUUUUUUUUGUUGAAAUUCGAUUUUGUUUCCAAAGAUGCGCAGAGAAUAGUGACAAACUUAUGGAUCUUCUGACUGUUGAUAAGGAGUUCUCAUAGGAAUGUACAUACAUAUGCACAAAGACAAGACUUCAAUUUCGCUGAAGACUUUCAUUUGAAUUAUCACAGUGCGGAAUCAUCAAAAGUUCGAUUCAUUCAAGUAAGGCUUUUUAAAGUCUCAACUAGUUUCAUAAAUUCUCUCGAUGAAUAA